AUGAACAAAAACAAAUAGAACUUGAGAAAAGGUCAAAAAUUCCAUGUUUAAGACCUUGAUAAUUAAGUUAAUGCAAACCAAAAUACAAAAUCCUAUCGAACUCGAAAAUAAGUGGAGAUUUUGAAAACACCAUUUUCAAAGUAGAUUAAACCUUCAGAAAAGUAAAGAGGGAACGAAAAAAAUGCUAGAAAUGCCAAAUAGCUCAGUAAAGGAACAAAUAAGAAAGCAUCAAAAAUAUGUAUAUCUUCGAACUUUGAUAAAGAAGAUGUUUGUUGUGAUCGACUGAUUAAUGAAUUAGUAUUGGAAAAUGGAAAAUAAAAUGCAUUUAAAAGGGUAGAGAAGGAUGAUGGAAGCUCAAUAACAAAUGAAGACAAAAAACUACAAUCUUAGAAUGUAGUAUAAUAAAAUUUUAUUCUUGAUAUGAUUGCAUUAUAAGCAAGAUCAGAAUUAAGGUUCUAACUAGAUUGGAAGAAUCAUGAAUUGUAGAAUGAAGAAAUAUCAUAAUAUAAUAAUAAUAUAUGGAAAAUUUGGCCGGAUGAAUCAUGUGAUUAAGAUUCUGUAAUAUGUAGUAGUUAUUUUUCAAUUGAUAAGGAAAUAAUAAAAAAUUGUGAAAUUCAAAAAAAUAAUAUGAAAGAGAUUAAAACAACAAAUUAAAAAAUAGAAAAACUAGAGGAAUAAUAUUCAAUUGACUUGAAUAAAGUUAAAUUUGAAGAUAAUAAUACUUCAUGUAGUAAAGAUCAAUACGAUUAAAUUGAAUUUGGAAUUUUAUAGACAAUUACAGCUGAGGAUGAGUAAAAUUCUAUUCAACAAGAUGACAAAUCCGAAAAAGCUAAAAACUUUUAUCAUUUUCUUAAUGAAGCUACGUAUGAAAAUCCAAGUAGAGCAUCAUGCAAGGAAAUUCACAAAUUAAUAAGAUUAAGACAUGAUAAAGUAUUUUAGUUUGACUUAUAUUUUAAGUUUUGUGUGGAUGUUUUUGAGAUAGAUCAUAUCUGGUCUGAUUUACAAGAUUCUAAAGUACUAAAUGAAUUAAGUUUUCAAAAAUAUCUUAAGUGCAUUUAAGAUAUGCAUGAUUAAGAUUUGCUAUGGCUUGAUCCAUAAAAAAGAAAAGUAUAUUUGAUAUGA